CCGGUGGCGUCGGGAGGCUGCGGCGCGGAGGGGCGCGGCGCCCCCGACCUUCCGCGUCUCCGGGCGGCGGCGGCGGCGGCGGCGGCGGUGAGUGAAGCCUAGUCGGCUGUUCCAGGAUGAGCCGCAGCCCCAGGAAGGGGAAGUAGAAGCCCAGCUGGCUCUGGCCAUGGCCUGUGAACCGCAGAUGGACCCCGGCGGGGCGGCCGGCCCUUUGCCCACCUCCUCCCCUGGCUGGAGCGCCCUGCAGCCGGGAGGCCCUCCUGGGUGGGGGCAAGAGCUCCACAACGGCCAGGUCCUCACCGUCCUCCGGGUCGACAAUACCUGUGCACCCAUGGCCUUCGACCUGGGAACCGCAGAGGAGCAACUGCAGACCUGGGGCAUUCAGGUCCCUGCUGACCAGUACAGGAGCUUGGCGGAGAGUGCCCUCUUGGAGCCCCAAGUGAGAAGAUACAUCAUCUACAAUUCGAGGCCCAUGCGGCUGGCCUUUGCCGUGGUGUUUUACGUGGUGAUCUGGGCCAACAUCUAUUCAACCAGCCAGAUGUUUGCCCUGGGCAGCCACUGGGCGGGCGUGCUGCUCGUGACCCUGGCCGCAGUCAGCCUGACCCUGACUCUCAUGCUGGUCUUCGAGAGGCAGCAGAGGAAGGCUAACACUAAUACAGACCUGAGGCUCACGGCUGCCAAUAGAGCCCUGCUGAGACACCGGGUGCUGCUGGGGGUGACGGACACCGUGGAAGGGUGCCAGAGUGUGAUCCAGCUCUGGUUUGUCUACUUCGACCUGGAGGACUGCGUGCAGUUUUUGUCUGACCACGUUCAGGAGAUGAAGACUAACCAAGAGUCCUUGCUGAGAAGCAGACUGAGCCAGUUAUAUGUUGUCCUGGAGACGGGGGUGAGCCCCACGAUGGCGGAGGGCCCCGAGAGCUCGGAGGAGGCUCCUCUCCUGCCCAGCAGUCCUCGUCCUCAGGAGAGACCGCUCGUGCAGACGGAGCUCCACCAGCUUGUUCCCGAGGCUGAGCCGGAGGUAACAGGCACUGAGACUGGGGGCCAUCCUCCUCCACACAGGCCGGGUGGCCGGGAAAUGGCCCGACAGCUGCUGGCAGUGUUUGGUGGCUACUACAUCCGACUCUUGGUGACCUCCCAGCUGCCCCAGGGAGUGGGGACACGGCACACAGACUCUCCCAGGAUCCCAUGCCCCUGCCAGCUCAUAGAAGCCCAGGUCCUGGGCACAGGGUGUUGUCCAUUCCUGGCCAGGUGACCUAGGGAAAAGAUCUUCAUCUGCUGUCAGGACUGAGAAGUGGAGGAGGCCUCAACAGCCCAGGAUGGCCAGGGGCAAGCCCCUGGUGAGGAGAGAAGCACGGGGGCCGCACCAGAUGGGGUCAGUCACACGGAUGCCAGGCUUGUGCCAGUGUCCCGCGCCUCACCGGCGUCCCUUGCUGACCCCUGGCGGGGCUGAAGCUGGUGGUUGUGAGCUGGUUCUGCCCCUGCUGUUCUCUGUGCGGCCUGGAUGGAAGUGUGGCCGUGGCUGAAGGGCCACCCUCAUUCCUCUCACCACCCAAAGAGCCCAGGAUAUGUGAAGAGGACCUGUCGGGGAAAGUCUUGUGUCCAGAGCUUGGUCUCAUGGUGCUCCUCUCCCCAGCCCCUUUGUGUCAGGUGGGGGAACCGAGGCUCAGGGUGGGCACUGCUCUUUGCCUCUGACCUCUGAAGUUGUGAGACUGCCUGUCUCCUCCCUGAAGAAGAGAAGCAGCUUCUCUGACUUUCCUCCAUUCCUAGGUUUUCUCCCCAUGUUGUCUCCACCACAGUGGCCCCUGGUUUGAGGUCUGCUAGCCUCAGGGCUCAGGACAGAAGCAGUAGACAAGGGGCAGAUGACCCUCCAGCAGGAAUGCCGGGACGGGAUGGGUCCUUGUGGCGGCAGGACUGGUGUCGCCUGCCCGCCAUCGUGAUUCACACUGCAGACACAGCACAGCUGUGUUUUCUGACACUAAUGUUGAAAUGUGAUCAGACACUUGUGAAAUUCUGUGAAGAGUUCUGAGACCUCCGACUGUCCUGCUCCCCCAAAUGUUUCAAGACCACUCGUUGCACAAUGCAAGUUCCCAGGCCCUGGCCUAGCAUGGAAGGCUCCCAGCCCCCAAGACUCAGCUUCGGCUGUCUCUCAAAACCCUUUUAUAAGUUGGAAUUCCUUUCUGAACGGGCGUACCCAUUCC